AUGUUCAACGAUAUCACGAAGCCGCCUCCUCCACUCCCAACUACGGAGCUUUUUGAACUUGAGGAUGGACUAUCCCUCAUGCCCCCACUCUCUCGCAGGGCACAUGGUCCGGGAUUAAUUGUCCUUAUUCCAGACACAAGCCAGCAACUGGCUAUCAUCGAUGGAGUUCCGUCUCAACCAAUUAAAUGGGCUGAAGAAGGUUACACUUUGGUAGCCAUCCAGAGACGGGCACUGAUCACUGGAGCGAAAGAUGCGCUCACCAGGGCAGCCGAAUCCUUAGCAAGGUGUGAGAAGUGUGCGCCAAAUGGAAAAAUUGGUCUUGUGGCCUACGAUCCGGAGCUCUGGAACCAUGCAGCACCGAAUCUACCACUUGUUCCGUCAAUCGCUGGUGCGGUAGUUUACAGCCAUGUGUCUGAUGAGCCAAGCCUCGAGGCUGCUGCUGUGCCACUUCUCCGGCACUUAGCCGGCAAAAGGCCGGGCACAACAGAGAAAACGAACACCACAACAGCGUUCUACUAUCCCAACGUAAAGUCUCAUCUCUUUGCAAGCCCCUUCCAGGAUCAAUUCAAUUAUUGGGCCGAGUCCGUUUCACAUACUCGAAACUUGUCAUUUCUGAAGCCUCUCAUGAACGGACCGUACUUUGAUCUUGAAACAAUUUGGGAUGAGCAUACCUAUUAUGAGUUUACCGAUCGCUCAGUUGAGCAUACUAUGAGCACGAUGGUUGAUCAGCCAUAUGUAAACCAUGUUCCAACGUUGACUGGGGGAAUUGGCCGCGGACCUUUGACACACUUUUAUCGACAUAAUUUCAUCUUCGAUAACUCGGCUGACACCGAGACAGAACUGAUCAGUCGGACCCUGGGAAUUGAUAGAGUGGUGGAUGAGUUUAUUUUCAGGUUCACACACGACAAGGAGCUUGACUGGCUGCUACCAGGGGUACCACCGACCCACAAAUUCGUUGAGGUACCGUUUACCGCGGUCGUCAAUAUCCGAGGCGAUAGAUUGUAUCACGAGCACAUAUCGUGGGACCAGGGAACAGUGCUCGCGCAGCUCGGCUUAAUGCCUGAGUAUUUGCCAUUUCCAUACCCUUUAUCGGAUGGGACUGCAGGCCCUGCUGGCAAGCGGUUUGAGUACCGUGUUCCUGUGGCUGGUAUUGACACAACAAAGAAGGUGAGGGAUAGGAACUCUGUUCCGUCCAAUGAGAUGUUCAAAUACAGUGUCAGAGAAUUAUCGGAAUGA